AUGUCACACACAGCCUUCUUCUAUGGAACUCUUCUUCAUCCCUCGAUUCUACGGCGAGUGAUCGGCCAUGAAGGCAGCAGACUGCAGAUAUGUCCGGCACUGCUUCUUGAACAUACUCGUCAUAAGAUACGACACGCAGACUAUCCGGCGGUGCUGCCAUUCGAGAAGAGCCGAGAGCUUUUCCUAACCUCUGGGCACACUGAACCUCCUGCGAACGAGCUGAACGUCCGAGGCAGCCUCGUGACAGGACUCAACGACAAUGACAUCGCCCUAUUAGACCUCUUUGAAGGCGACGAAUACACACGCGAGAAUGUACUCGUUCACCCCUUAGGACCUCUGACCUCCCUGUCGCACACGCCUCCUCCACGCACAGCAAUUCCAAACAUCGGCUCUUCCCCCUCAAACGCCGCUACCGACGCCUACAUUGUGCCGCUGAGAGCCCCUGAGCUCCCUCCCCUCGACGCUCUCCCGCCACCACUCCCCGCGCAAACUUACAUUUACGCGGGGCCUCUCAGAGACCUUAGCCCAGAGCUUUGGUCAUACGAGGAUUUCGUCCGGGAAAACGCGUGGAAGUGGGUCGGGACGGGAGCGCGUGAUAACGAGUACUACGUCGAGGUGGAUAGGCGGCGGGAUAUGGAUGGCAAGACGCUAAAGACGGAAAUCGUCGACACCGGCAGCGUCCCGGGAUCGGACGAGGUUGGUGAAGCGGUGGCGGUAGAAAUACAAGGUCCAUGA